AUGGCUACAGCUUCUGAGGACUCUAAUGGAAUUUCUUUGGAAGAUUUGGGUGAGGAUAUGAUGAACUAUGAAUUGUCAGAUUCAUCCAAAAAGGCACGAGAGGAACAUCAGGCAAUUCUUGAUGAGUUUGAACGAAAGAAACGUGCAAGAACCUUAGCUGUACCCACCGAUGACGGUCGCGUUAGAGCAAAACUUAGGGAACUUGGUGAACCCCAAUGCUUAUUUGGAGAAGGGCCUGGCGAUCGGCGUGAUCGUUUGCGAUAUUUAUUAUCGAAAUUAGAGGGUGCUGAAAUUGUUCAUGAUGAAGAUGAGGAAUCUGAGAGCGAAUCUGAGGAAGAAAGGGAAGAAGAGUUUUUCACUCAAGGGACUUUAGAACUUUUGGAAGCUCGUCGAUGGAUUGCGAGAUAUUCUUUACCAAGAGCCAGAGACCGUCUUCGUAAGCAACGAAUCGAAUACGAUUUACCACUACCCCAAAUAAAAUCUGUGAGAAAAGAUCUAUUUACAGGGUUAAAAUCCUAUGCGAACUUUAGUUCACAAAUCGGUGAUGAUCGCCCAAUUUCACAAUGUGUUUUCUCACCCGAUUGUAGUUUAAUUGCUACUGGUUCUUGGUCUGGUUUGUGUCGAAUAUGGAGUGUACCAAGUUGUGAGACUGUAAUAACAUUUAAAGGACAUACUGAUCGUAUUGGUGGAGUUGCAUGGCACCCACAAUCUACCCUUUCUAUAGGCAAGAGUGUAGUAAACUUAGCUUCGGGUGGAGCUGAUGGUUUAAUUAAUUUAUGGUCUUUGGAGAGUGAUUCACCGUUGGGUACAUUAGGGGGGCAUACGUCCAGAGUAGGGAGGAUCGAUUUUCAUCCGUCAGGAAGAUUUAUUGGGUCAGCAAGUUUUGAUUAUUCAUGGCGUCUUUGGGAUGUUGAAACAACUGGAGAAUUAUUACUUCAGGAAGGACAUUUUAAGGAAGUUUAUGCAAUUCGAUUCCAGAAUGAUGGUGCUUUAGUAGCUACAGGUGGAUUGGAUGCUAUUGGACGCGUCUGGGAUCUAAGGACGGGGCGAUCUGCUAUGGUCUUAGAAGGGCAUGUUAAAGACAUUUUGGGAGUGGACUUUUCGCCAAAUGGCUAUCAAGUUGCAACUGGAAGUGCAGAUAAUACUAUACGCAUUUGGGAUAUUCGGACUUUGCGAUGUAUUUAUACUAUUGCUGCACAUAAAUCUCUUGUAUCUGAUGUGAAAUUUUUCCAUGCAUC